UUUGUGGGACAGAGCAAUGUUAUGCACUCUCCUGUUAAAACAAUUCACAAGAAAAAUAUGCCAGAUUUUCAGUUAAGUAAUUUCAUAUUUCGUUGACCCACUAUUGUAAUUCACUCAUUCUUCAAAUGAAGUACACAUAUAAUUCCAUUUCUAAAUCCAAAUAAUGCACAUUCAAUUGCAUCUUCCCAUAAUUUUUAAAUCCAUGACUGCUUCACCAUCCUAUUCAAUAUUCAACACUCCCUAAAAUAAUCUGCACAUUUCAUCAUCCGAAUCGUCAUCCCCAGCGCUGUUCGUUGAACAUUUCUCCAAUUCAGAUCAUCUUUCAGAAACAUAAACCUGCAUUGCCUGAAAGACCACAGCUUUUGAAUUGUGAUCAUAAAAAUGGAGGUAAAGAUUGUAGCUGUGAUCACACACUGGAUGGAAGGUGAAAUCAAUAAUUUCAUCAAGGUGUGGCUAUCUGCUAUAUUAUCUAUAACUUACUGUUAUUACGCCGCCGCGAUGCUCCGGAAAGGCCCGCCUCGACUUGCCGCCUUCCUCCCGGUGAUCGGACUUUUGCUCGUCCUCCCGCUGCAGCUCCGCUCGAUGCACCUCUGCGGCUUCACCGCCUUCUUCCUCGCCUGGCUCGCCGUGUUCAAACUCCUCAUGUUCACCUACGGCAUUGGCCCGUUGGCCGCCGACUCAAUCUCCCUACCGGAAUUUAUAGCCGUUGCCUGCCUUCCAAUCAAGCUUAGAACACAAGAAAGUCAAGAAACGAUUCCUCAUAAAAAGGGUUCUAAGUCGAUCUUGAAUUAUGCUAUAAAGCUCAUUUUAUUGGCCUUUGUGAUAAUUGGUUAUGGUUAUGUUGAUCAUAUGCAUUCUAAGAUUGUUCUAUUUAUGUAUGGUCUGCAUAUAUACCUGUUGUUGGAGAUUCAACUAGCCGUUGCGGCGGCAGCGGCUCGCCUCCUGCUCGGUGUGGAGCUGGAGCCGCACUUCGACGAGCCGUACCUGUCGGCUUCAUUGCAGGAUUUCUGGGGCCGGCGGUGGAAUCUCAUGGUAACGGGAAUACUGCGCCCCACGGUUUACUUUCCGGUGCUCCGCUGGUCAGCGGUGGUCAUGGGACGAAAAUGGGCGUCGCUGCCGGCUGUGAUGGCGACUUUUGCAGUAUCAGGGCUGAUGCACGAGCUCAUAUUCUACUACUUUGGUCACGUGCAGCCCACGUGGGAGGUCACCGGUUUCUUCCUGCUGCAUGGCUCUUGUCUGGCGCUUGAGAUCAUUAUCAAGAGGGCGGUGAACGGCAGGCUCCGGUUGCCACGGGUUGCCGGAGCGAUCCUGACCGUUGGAUUCGUGGCAAUCACUGCCUUCUGGCUGUUCUUUCCACCGUUCCUGCGGUGUAAAGCUGACGAGCGAGGGCAGGCCGAGAUUGCCGCGGUCGGAGAGUUUGUGAACGACGUCGUUUCUGCGUUGGGAUUCAAAGUCAACUCAGAGGAAUUCACAUAAAAAAUUCCAGGAUUAAAGAAUGUAUAAUAUAUAUAUAUAUGUGUGUGUGUACAACCUGUCUAAUCUCUGAAAUUAAAUAUCAAUGCAAAGAAUUCCCAUUAUACAUUAUCAAUCAAGGGUCAAAUAUCUUAGACAACUCAGAUGUACAAUAAAAGAUUAGAUUGAGGUGCAAUAAGCAUGCUUUGUUCAGUAACAAAUAUGUAGCAACAAUUGAUCAGAAAUUAAGCCAAUCAAUCAUCUGAGAUUCAGCCCUCUCAAAGAUUGCAUGAUCUGAACAACAAAUAUAAAUAUACCAAUAGCACAGAAUAAAUCCACACCUAACAAAUAAAGAGCUAGCAAAUCUAGAGAGAUGGUUGUUAUGGAGGAAGAAAUCAACAAGUUCAUCAUGGUAUGGUCAUCAUUUAUUGCAUCAACAUGUUAUUGCUAUGCAGUAUCUAAAUUGGUUUCUCAAGCUGC